UACUGCCGAGCUCCCGAGCGACGUCGACGUCUCUCUUUCUCUCGUAUCAACCAAUUCGCCAUUGCAACACCUCCGAUACUUCGCUCUCGACCUAAGUUCCGGUUUCGUCUUCGCCGCUUCCCUCGGACAUGAGGACGAGAAACGCCGGCGCGCCCAAGCCGGCCGCCCCUAGAAGGACGCCGCGGGCGAGGAAAUCGGCCGGCGAGGCCGGUCCGGGGCCGGGCCCCGACCCGAACGACGCGGCGGCGGGCUCGGCGACGCCCCAGGUCGUCGAGACGAGGCGCGCCUCCGCCGCGCGGGCGAGGCGAGCGAGGAAAACCGCCUCCACGCCGGCUAGGAACGAGGAUUCGGAUCCUGCAGCCGAACCUUCGAUUUUAGCCUCUGAUCAUGCUGAAGAAGUAGAAGGGUCGGCCGGUGCUGCUGCCGAAGUGACACCAGUGACAAAAGUUGGGACAACUCCGAAGUCAACGGGGAGGAAAACAGCAGGAUGUACUAAGUCUCCUGCUUCGACAAAAGCUUUAUCCUUGCAGAUGCCCAAGUUGCUUGAAUCUGUCAAAGUUCCUAUAGAGGAGACUGUGGAGGAGAUGGUGGUAUUAGCUGACACCCACAGUGAAGAUGAUAACACAAAAGUUGAAUGUGCGCCUAAGUGUGUUGAAGAACCCUUAGGAGAGGAAAAAUCCAACUUGGCAAUAGUUGAACGCCUUGAAGAUGUCAUUAAACCGGUGGACAAGGAACAGGCUCUGGUACAAUUGGAAAAAUCUGCUAUUGAAGAUGGUGGGCAUCUGGUGGACAAUGUAAAAUCUCCACUUGCAAAUUUUACAGUAUUCGAGGAAAAAGAACAAAUGCAAGUGGAAGGUGAAAUAGCUCCUCCUCCAGGUGGUGAGGAUUCUCUCAAGGAAGAGAUAAAUGCCGAAGCAACUUCAAAGCCAUCAGAUGAUCGUGAAGUAUGUGAAGUGAAGCGGGGAGAGGAAGUUAUUGAAAAAAGAGAUGUACUGGUCGGAAAUAAUGCAGGGAGUGGAGAGAAAUCCCAAACUACGAAAGAGAAUGUCCAGGAGAAGUUUGAAGGAGAUUUUUUUCAGACUAGAAAUGAUGACUACGGGGUCGAUGAUGAGGGAAUGGAGGAGUAUGGUGAUCGAUUGGACUUUGGGGAACCUGGAGAGGAAGGCAUUGGUGAGGAUGAUGGAGAUGAACCUGCUGAAGAAGCGGACACUUUAGAAGUGGAGCAUAAGGAACUAUCAGCUAUUGCAAAGGAACAAAAGAUUAAGAAAGAACAUGAAAUUUUUGUUGGUGGUCUCGACCGUGAUGCUGUAGAAGAGGAUGUGAGGAGGGUGUUUGAGAGGAUUGGUGAGAUAAUUGAGAUUAGGUUGCAUAAAGAUUUUUCAACCAAUAAGAACAAGGGAUAUGCCUUUGUUAAGUUUGCAAACAAGGAGCAUGCAAAGCGGGCCCUGAUACGUGGAAAGAGAUGCGGCACUGCACCUAGUGAGGACAACGACAUAUUGUUCCUAGGAAAUAUCUGCAACACUUGGACAAAGGAAGCUAUAAAACAAAAGUUGAAGGAGUAUGGUGUUGAAGGGGUAGAGAGCAUAACUCUUGUUCCAGAUGCUCAACGUGAAGGGUUGAGUCGUGGUUUUGCAUUUCUUGAGUUUUCUUGCCACGCUGAUGCAAUGCUAGCAUAUAAGAGGCUUCAAAAGCCUGAUGUUGUUUUUGGUCAUUCAGAGAGAACGGCCAAAGUUGCUUUUGCUGAACCACUACGUGACCCUGACCCGGAUGUCAUGGCUCAAGUGAAAUCGGUUUUCAUUGACGGGCUUCCUCCUUAUUGGGAUGAGGAGUGUGUAAGAGAGCAAUUUAAAACUUUCGGAGAGAUUGUACGUGUAGUCCUUGCUAGAAACAUGUCGACUGCUAAGAGGAAAGAUUUUGGGUUUGUUGAUUUUUCUAGCCACGAGGCAGCUGUUGCUUGUGUUGAUGGAAUCAACACUUCAGAGUCAGGUGAUGAUAACACAAAGGUUAAAGUUAGAGCAAGACUUUCCAAUCCAAUGCCUAAAACUCAGGCAGUGAAGGGUGGAAUGUCUGGUGGAUUUCGAAUUGGUUGCGGUAGCGUUGGCACUGUUCCAAGACAUGGAAGGGGAUUUGGGUGGGGAGGACAUUCAUACAACAGAGGGAAUUACCAUAGCUGGGGUUUCCAUCAACGUGGACGUGGUCAAAGCAGCAGAAUGCGUUUUAGCUAUGACCACGAGUUUGAUAAUCCAUACCCCGAUUUUCAUAGGAGGCAAUCUUCUGGACGAGGGGGAAGAAGGGGCAUAUCACGAGCUGGUCAUUAUAUGUCUGGUCGUCAUGUCCCUGUAGGCACGUCUUCAAGACCACCUAUCGAUAGAUUAUGGCGUGGUUAUCCCGACAGAGGCCCUGGCAUGCAUCUACCUUCUAGGCCUUUACCUUACUCUCCUGAAGAACAAUACAACAGACAUUUUGACGGCAGGCAGUUUGAUGACCCAUACUUCUAUGAGAGUGGUGCCCAUGGUUUGAAGCGUCCCUUUCCUAUGACAGAUCAAAAUGCAGAUUACAUGGAGCCAAGUAGAUUACGUCCUCGUUUUGAUUAUACGGAUUCUUCAUUGCCAUCACAUGGAAAUGUUUAUCGUGAUGCUUUUGGAGUUGGAAGUGGGCCCUAUCCACAUGAUUAUUCUGGUUCUGAUUAUGGCGGAGGUCCGUAUCCAUCUUAUUACGGGGAUGAUCGCUCUUAUGGAGGUGGCUACUACUAUUAGAUUCAAAUCCUAAGGUAAGUUUGGAAAUGCAGGAAAUGCUUCAUCGGUAAUGGGGAAAGGCUCCCUGUUGCAAGAAUAUCUAAGUUCGAUUACCUUUCUCCUAUAAGAUAUUUUGCUUUAGUCUUUUACAUCACAUCUACUAUCUAACCUCUUUUCAUAUCUAUCCCGCAUUUCGUCAGUUCUUGGAUUCCCUAUAGUUGUUAGGUUAUGAUGAAGACUUUAGAGUCUUGUAGAUAAGGUGGCUUGAGGAUGGGACCAUAUAAGUGAUAUCUUUUUGCGUGAAAGUAGAAGUGCAUCCUGCAUUUGCACUACGUAUGAGGAGUUCGAGGUUUUCUACCACUUGAAGUGCAGAUGUUGUACUAUGCUUCAUGGAUAUCAUGUGCAGCUGGUCAUUUUUAAUGUUUUGGUUUAAUGAAAUAAAUCAAGUGAAUUUAUUGAUAGUCCAAAGUUUUGGGAGUUCAGUUUACUUUAAUUGAUGGAGAGCUGAUUUUAAAGUUAAUGAUUUUGGUGGAGACUUAUCUAGAGACAAUAUUAGCUGCUUUUAAGAGAGCUCAAGUAGGCUUUAAAUUGCGUGCAAUCAUCAGAAGUUUUCGGCUACUAUGGAUGAAUGCAGCAAGGAUUUUUGGUCGAGGUGACUUCCUCCAUCAGCUUCAGGGGAUCAAGUUGUUUCCUAUAUUAAAAGUAUAUUAAAGAUGGGCAGGUUAAAGCAGAACUUUGGAAAUUUACUCCAUAGGUGAUGUUGCUCCAAAAAUUAGUUGGUGAAGUUUUCGGUGUAUACCUCAGAAUCAUGUCAACUAAUGUGUCCGAACUUCUCAUGGUUUCUAAAUCCUUUGCCAUUUGACAUGGUUAAUUGCAUGAGCGUUUUAGGUGGAUGCAUAUUCCUGAGCCUAUUGAUUUCGGUUCGUGGAUGUUCUCUAUAAGCAGAAUAGUAAUCUGAUUCGGUGGUCUGUUAUUCCAUUUACAUCUGUAUGUUACGUAGUUGUUGUACUUAGUGGCUAUCUUUCGUGAGAAGAUAUCCUCAGUAGGAUCUAAGUGUUCCUGUAGAUGGAAAAGUCUGCUCAGGUGCUUUGGAGUUUAGUAGCUAUGAAAGUCAAUCGUGUUGUUAUGGCUUAUGCAUUGCGAUUUUGACUAUUGGAGAUUUUGAGAAAUCCUUGUCUCAACCAUUCAAUGUGGGAAUUGGGAAGAAUUAAGGGCAUAAAGAAUUUGGAGAAACUUCUAAGCGUUAUGGUGACAGUGGUAUCAAAUGUCAUGAAUUUGCAGAUUGUUAGCAUAGGUUUGAUAGUUCGACCCAAAAAAAAACAUAGGUUGAUAGGUUUCUUUAUUUGGAUUGGGGUGAUCAUUUAUCUGCAUAGAGAUUUAUGUUUGUCUUCCAUGUUAUCGUUGUCAGUCAUGUCAAUGAUCUUUCUGAGCAUAUGUUUUUAGAACCACGCAGAAAGUGAGUAAAAUUUAUGCAAGUUUAAAGUUCUUUAAUGUGUGAUUGUUCAUCUAUAAGUUAAAAUAAGAUUCAGAGGUCACUUGUACAAACUUUAAAGUUGACUGUCAUUGCUUUAUCGAUGUCAAUGUCCUUUAUACAAGAGAUUCCACAUGCUCCUUAUGAUGCGGAUGGUAAUAAUGCGGAACUAGUUUUAGUUUGGGUUUUCCUAUACGAUAGAAGUGUUUCUACUGGCUUAAGAAUGCUUGUCUUUGUGAUCAUCAUGAUUUUGAUGUGAAUAAUCUCUGUGGAUCAGUGAUGAAGUUUUGAGUGUUGACUUGGUGACUUUUGAGGACAACGGCACCUGUAGUUUCUCCCUUAUUAUUUAUUAUGCUCUCACUAGACUUACCAUAUAUAUUCCUUAUGGGCAUUGUGUUAAGGCACAUUAGGGAGAAUUAGAAAGAGUUCUCAGAGUACUUGGUGUAAUGUGGGGUGUCAUAAGUUCUGGUACAUGGUGGAAUAUCUGUUGUAAGUGGGUUUUGGCAACUUAAAUAUUUAGUGAACUUCAUUUGAAUAGGUAUUGAGGUGACUUUAGGCAUCCGCGUCUUUCAUUUACUGAGGCGAUUUUGGGAUCUUCAGUUAGCAUUAUAGUUAAAUUGGUCUUCUCAAUCUUUGCUGUUCCUUUUUCUUCAUCUAGUGUAGGCAGAGUUUUUGUGCUUCUUUCUGCAUUGAAGUUGCUAAUAUUUUGAUGGCCUCUCUUUUCCUUUUUGUAUGAUUUGCACAUGUAUCAUUCAUAAUCUAUGUCUUAUUUGUUCAGAAGCUUUUUUUUCCCUCUAAAGAUCCGUUCCAGAAUUUGCUUUUUUAACUGCCUUGAUCACUUAUGCAAAAAAGAAGUUUCUAAAGGAAUAAGACACUGUUCACUUGUGGAACCGUAGUUGCUUCGAGACUAGUGAUUUUCAUCCAUUUCUAUUCUACGUACAUCGGCUAUGACGUCUGGUCGACUCUAAUAAAUUAGGGGUACCUUAUACCUUUAUGCUUCUAUAUCUGGACCAUUUACUUCUCCAUUAUCUAUACCUGGUAAAGUUGUAAUUUCUCGGCAAGUUAACUGUGGCGAGACUGCUAUUCACAGGCAAUAAAUGAAGCCGUGUUGUAUUAUUGGUUUUCAUA